ACCUAAUAAGGCCAUGCCAUGCGCUGGGGACUCGUAUAAAAGGCGAAGUCUUCCCCGGAACUCUGCAGGACGCCGGAGAGAGGAGCCCAGAGUCGUCCAGCGCUCACAGAGGAAAAAAAGCAUGGCCAAAGAGUGGGGCUACGCCAGCCACAAUGGUCCUGACCACUGGCAUGAACUUUACCCAAUUGCCAAGGGGGACAACCAGUCUCCCAUUGAGCUGCACACUAAAGACAUCAAGCAUGACCCCUCUCUGCAGCCGUGGUCAGCAUCUUAUGAUCCUGGCUCUGCCAAGACCAUCCUGAACAAUGGGAAGACCUGCAGAGUGGUGUUUGAUGACACUUAUGACAGGUCGAUGCUGAGAGGUGGUCCUCUCUCUGGACCCUACCGACUUCGCCAGUUUCAUCUUCACUGGGGCUCGUCAGAUGAUCAUGGCUCUGAGCACACAGUGGAUGGAGUCAAGUAUGCAGCGGAGCUCCAUUUGGUUCACUGGAAUCCAAAGUAUAACACUUUUGGGGAAGCCUUGAAGCAACCUGAUGGAGUUGCUGUGGUUGGCAUUUUUCUGAAGAUAGGGCGUGAGAAAGGCGAGUUCCAGCUUCUUCUUGAUGCACUGGAUAAAAUUAAAACAAAGGGCAAGGAGGCACCCUUCACACACUUUGAUCCAUCCUGCCUCUUCCCUGCCUGCCGCGACUACUGGACAUACCAUGGCUCCUUCACCACUCCACCUUGUGAGGAAUGUAUUGUGUGGCUGCUGCUGAAGGAGCCCAUGACUGUGAGCUCUGAUCAGAUGGCCAAGCUGCGCAGUAUCUUCUCCAGUGCUGAAAAUGAGCCCCCGGUGCCCCUGGUGGGGAACUGGCGCCCUCCACAGCCCAUCAAGGGCAGGGUGGUGAGAGCCUCUUUCAAAUGAGCCCAUGGAAUAUUGCCCUCUUCAUGAAAGGAAACCUGGUCCCAGAGCUCUUGGUUCAUGGCCUCCUGCUGGUGCUCCUCCCUCUGACUAUAUUUCAUUUUUCCACAGCAAGAGAGGCAUGUGAGUGAUGUCAUCACCAAGACACCACAGUUACGUUGACAAGAUCUAAUAUGAAAGCAUGAUUUUCACACAUUGCCCUUAUAAUAACCAUCUUUCCUAUAAAACAGUAUUUCUAGUAAGGCUUUGAUGGAGAAGAAACAGAUGGAAGGAUAAAGAAAAGAACAGCUAGUGAGUGCCAUUGUUUUUUCUGGAUCUUAAUUUUCACAGUCUCAUGUUUCCUGCUGUCCUAUUGUGAUUGUAUCCAGUUUUUAGAAGUAGUGAGUCUCUAUGUGGGAAUAGGUGUGUAUGAAGGUCAUAUAGCAUCUGUUACAGAUUAAAAUGACAGUGGAUGCCAGGAACUGAAAUUAUAUGUUUACCUCUUCCAUAACAGCAUCAAGAAGUUCAUCACUUACUCAAACUUCAGCUACCAAGAUUCUGGCUUUAUCAGUGACAGGAAAACACAGUUUUAAAAUAGUUGGUCCAGUGUUUGAGUUUCUUCCCCACAGAGAUGGUUUUCUUUACCUGAAGCAGGGCCAUUUAUUUUUUUUCACUACUUUAUUCUCUGCAUGCUUAUUAAAAUAAAAGCUGUCUGUGAUAUCUCUGGAAUUUAAGGUUGGAAUGAAUAGUAUCUAGAAUAGAAGAAAUGGACAACAAUACUUGGAGCGGAAGCAGUUGUACUGGUCACCAAUAGCAAUAAAGACACAGAUGCAAAACAAAACAAAACAAACCUCUCAGA